AUGGCAGAUCCUCACCAGUUUUUAAGCCAAUCAGAUUCAGGAAAGUCUGUUGCUGGCCGAAGCAAAGGGCAACACGAGACCAUGGUCCCCAAAGUCAGGCAUCCAUCAUCCCACACAUCCCGGAAAAACAGUGCAGUGGUGGGUCAGUCUCCUUUUGACCCGCCCCUUGAAGCAGUUUCCUCUCCAAACCCUAUGCUGUACUUCAAAAGGGGAGCUGAUCCAGUCCAUACUGACUAUGCAGGCCUGUUGGUGAAAAACAAGACUCUUCAGACAGAGGUAAGGAAUCUUCAAAACAAGCUUCUCACGAAAGAGUCUUCAUUGCAAGAGAUUAAAUCCGAGCUGGAAAAUUACAAAGAAAAUAACGCCAGACAGUUCUCCCAGAUUAUGUCCCUGAAAGAUCAUAUCAGAGAUCUAGAGGAAAUCAAUGCUUCGGCCACCAGAAUAAAAUCUUUGAAAAAUGCCAGCAUUCAGAACCUUGAAAAAGGCAACUGGGACUUAAGUGAAAGAGUUGCAGAACUUGAAAGCCGUCUAAGAAUACAGUUGGUUGAAAGAGAAAAGGCAGAGCAAAAAGCAGCCAGCUUGGAGAAAAAGUUGGUGGAUGCCACACACAAAUUGGCCUCUUUUAUGAGUCUGGAUAUGAAAGGCCAAGAUGAUCCCUUUGCGGUUUUGGUGAUGAAGGACAACGAUGAAGCUACCCUGGCCAAGAACUUGGAAAGAGAAAAUAUUUUUCUCUUAGAGAGACUGAAAGAAGGGCAGAAGGUUUGGGAUAAAUGUCAAUAUGAUUUGUUCCACAAGGAAAAGCAAAUGUCUACAAUAGAUCAAACCCCAUUCAACCUCAACUGGGAAACAAAAACUACCCAGACCCAGUACCAGAACUUCAUCAAUCAACUUGCUACUCUUUUAAGCAACACCCUUAUCACUGUACCAGCUACAGAGGAAGCUGUGAGAGAAAGGAUACAAGAAAUUAGUACUAAUGAACAGUCUUGGAAAUAUAAAACUGAUGUCCUUCAGCAGGAGGUCCAGUUGCUAACUCGUCAGGUUGAGCAGUUGCAUCAGCUGUAUCAAGAAGCUGUGUGUGACUCAUCCCAAACUGAAGAAAAGCCUCUGGAACAAAAGAAAGCCACGAAGCUCUCAGAAGGGACAAUUGCCACUGAUGACUUCUUUCAAGGGAAAUGGGAUUUAGACAAGAAGAAAGGAGAAGCUCAAAGGGAAAAAAAUGAAUUGAAGACUUCCCAGACAGAAGAGUUGGACAAGAAGUUCAGGAAGCUAGAAAAAGAAAAAAGACAACAGAUUCGGUUGCAUAUUGAACAGAGCUUGCAGAACCUAACAACUCUAAGACUGGAGGGCAAGAUGGAGAAACUUGAGAAAGAGCUCAGUGAAAUGAAAUUGUCAAAUCAAAACAUGAAAACUCAACUGACAAGAGUCAACGACCUCAAAGACAAAACCAUUGAAAAGCUCCAGAAAUCUUUAAAAAAGGUUGAAACGAUUAAAGAGAAAGCAACCAAAAAAGUGAUUAAUUUGAAAACAACAUUAAACUGCACUGAGCAAGAAGCCAGAGAGGACAAAGAAAGGGCCUAUCAGAUGCUUGAAGCUGUCACUAAUGAGCUAUACACAGUAAAAAGAGCACUUGAAGAAGUUGUAAGACGAGAAAAACAGCUCAUGGAUUUUAGAGAAUCUGUUUUGAAGAUGAUGGGCUUUAACAUCAAAAUUCCAGACAAGGAAGUCAUUAAUCAACUCAAGCCCAUCAUACAAGCUUAUGAAAUUUCUUUAAUUACAUCUAACAGCAGACCAAAGGUUGCUGGUGAUUGUAAGACCAGCCAAGAGAAUGAAUGA